UUGUUUAUGCGUAGGGUAUUCAGUUUUUUUUAUUAUAUCAAUGAAAUUGUCUUCAAUUUUUGGAUCAGCUGUCAAAAUUUAAUUUGAAAUUAAGAAAAUUAUACCUUUACCUGGCAACUUGAACACCCUGCUGUUGGUGAGCAAUUAUUAAAGGACUUGCUGCAAUGUUAGAUCGUCGCCGGAGAUCCCAGCUAAGGCUGGAUCCCUUAAUUCCCACUCCAACAAGAACCACUACAAUGCGAAGGACCCGUCGAGUGUGCGUUAAUUUUGAAGCUAAUGAGCCCCUAAGAACUCGAAGAAGACGAAGAAGGGAGUUCCUCCAUCCUUACUUUAUGACCUACCCUCCAAUUUAUAACCCUAUGCAGCUGGGACAUCCAUGGGGCCUUGAUUUCUGUCCCAAUGAAAUGCCUUAUGGAUACGGAAAUUUAUUUGAAUCCACAAACCGUUUAAAUGCAGGCGAGCAAUAUGAAUGUAAUUCACUAGGAGCAUUACCUACUCCAGAGGAAACCCAAAAUACAUCAGGUCCCGAGAUUGUUCAUGACGUUAAGGAUAUUUUGAUGGGAUUGGAUGGCUAUUUGCAAGCGGAAAAGGUCAAGCUUAUCGAAACGUGUCAAGAAAAGACCAAUACCACUGAGAGCCUUGAGAAUCAAAGCCCUGAUCCCAAGGAAAGCCAGCUCUCUGUCCUGACCGAUAUUAUGUGUGAAACCAUAAGUCGAUUAAACAGCUAUAUAGGCAAUCAUUCCAAACAACAGGAGUUUCAGUCUCCUCUAAACCCUAUGAACCAGUUCAGUGGAGGAGUGCCACCUGUCCAUGUGUUGCAGCUACCGGUGCAACCAGUGAUCGUUCCAUCAUAUCCAUCUUCGGAAAACUAUCCAUCAUCUGAAUCCUUUUUUCAAAAGAAACCCCAACUGGAACGUUUACCUUGGUUGAAGGAGCGAAAACGUAAACGUCCUCUUAAGUCCACUACCUAUAUACACAUGCAGAAUCAGGAAAGUAGUACUGAUGACCUGCCAAAGAUUUUGGAAGCAUCAUUUUCGACCAAUAACAUCCCAAGAACCGUAAGACAAUUUACUAACGAUGCUGGCACCACCAUGUGGUGUCCCAUGGAUUGCUGUAGGCGAUGUUGCGGUGGGGUCAGGAGUCAGGAAGCCUUUUCUUCUACACAGGAAAGGAUACCAGAAGAUCCUGGGAUUGCUUAUUCCUUGAGAUCAACUGAUGUCUUUCCGCCUCCUUGCCUCAAGGCUCCACCACCAAGUAUUAAAUCAGAGGAAGAAAGCUAUGAUCAGGGACAGUAUUAUCAACCAAAGGGUGAAUCCAUCUACCUACUUGGCUCUCCUCAAUCAUCUAGUUAUAGUUCCAGUUGCGACUAUCGCCAUGAGGCGGGAAAUCUUAGAUAUUCCUUUAUAGAGGAAGAGGAGGAGCAGGUGGAUGAGGAUGACUGGUACCAAAGUGCUAGCGAUAAGUUAGCUGAACUGGAAGUGGAGCAAGACUUCUUUAGGCAAACUCAAAUGACUACUAAAGAGCAAAACCUUCAAACUGAUCCGGAAACCUCCAGUGAUAACAGCAUUGUAAAUAUAACAACCACUAGCGAUAAGGCUCUCAGCACCACAGAAAUAAAUCCAAUAACCAAACGAGAGCCAAUGAAAAUUGAGAGGAUCUGCAAAAAGUCUUCUUUGAAACAGCGCCUUAAGCUUAAAAGUGGGAAAAGUACUCACAAAGUAAUGUUUGAAAAAGUGCUGCACACCGAAGGAGUGCAGGUCCAACCGGAAAUGAGAUCCACGGGAACGGAUCCAAUUCCUACAAUACCCAAGGUCAAGAGAAAUUCUUGCAAGCAGAUACGCUCUACCUUUAAGUCCAAAAGAUAAACUAGGCAACUGAUGAAACAGACCAU